GUCGAUGUGGCCCCAGAAAAAAGGGUUAGGCAAUAGGCUAAGUUAUGGAGUGGAUGGUAAUGGCUUGCCGUUGUUGAAUAAGAAUAGUCUGGCUCUCAAAGAUGGCGAUAGUGUGCAUUUUGACUUCCCUAGGCAUCAAGAUGAUGGCAUUCAACUACACGAAAUCUCAGGAUCUACCUUACAUUUAGUCCAGAGCCAAAAGCCCAUAAAUGACUCUAAUGAAGAGUAUGAAACAACUGAAAAUGGUAGUUUGUUGAGAAAUUCACGAAAGAUAGCAGUACCUGGCAUUUAUGUUCCAAGUGAUAUAUUGACUUCUUGCAUGGUCGAGGCCAAUUCCAUAAUUUCAUCUUCGGUAUAUGAUCCAAGCUAUGGAAAUUUGUUCACAAUGUUUCGUACUCGAACAAGAAGCUCACAUUAUCAAUUUGAGCAGACAGUUGCUGCAUAUGUGACCGGAGAAACUGGAAAUAUUUUAAAUCUUUCUAUUUUAAAGCCACAACAGAUUGAGGUAACUCAUUUACAAAAUGAAAAGAAGUCAGAUAUACUGUUGCCUGAUUUGUUAUGUCCAUAUCAACUUAGUUUCACUGAAUCGAUCAAGCAAAUAGAGAUAGGACCAGUACUGCCUUACUUUGUUUCGCCGCUUAUCUUAGUGAGGACAAGUGGUAAGAUUCAUGUAUUGAAAUGCUUUAGAUCGGGCACGUAUGUUACCUCAGCAUGGAAUUCAAAUUUGGAAGUUGAUGUGGUAGCACAAAUACUGUCUGCGGAUUUCAAGAGUUUCGAUUUCGUCGAUGUGGCUUUUAAUCCCUAUGACUUUACACUGUUUACAGUGAUUGAUAUUAAGGGAAACUUUGGAAUAUGGAAAAUACCGGUAAGGAAUACAACUGACAUGAUGAAACUAGAGGCACCCGUGGGAUCAGAAAAGUUCAUUCUUGAGGACCCUUCGGAACUCUCGAAUUGGAAACGAAUCUGUUGGUCCUACAACCCUGAAACAAUGUUGAUUGUAACUCGUUCAAGCAUAACAGAAAUUAAACUUGGUAAAAUUUGGUCAUCAAAAAAGAUAGUGUCCUCCAACACAUGGUCAAAAAUCAUUGAUUUUGUCAGAACUUCCGAAUCCGGAUUCUUACUAACGUCCAAGGAGUUAAUAUGGGUCAAUUUGAAGAAUUGCGUAGAAAGAAUAAUGUCUUGGAAGCACUUCCUUGAUGAUUCUGACCCGACGCUAAGGUUGAGUGUAAGUCAAUUAGAUGAGGGAAUUUUCAAGUGUUUGAUAUAUUCUCAAAUGCACCCGUUGAUCUUUGUAUAUACAUUUGGAUUUGAUGAUGAUAGACCUUACAGCUUACGGGAUCCUUACUUUAUCAAGAGGAACACAAAACUUGGAAACGUGCAACAAAUUACAUUGGCAGAAUUGAAUCAAGGUAUGUACCGAUCAAUGAAGAAAGUAUCUGAAGAUGACUUGGUUAUAGGUGAUGAAAAUGAUUUAAUCUGCAGAAAAUUUGGCUUGUUCGAGUUAACAACCUCAUUAGGUUUAUCAAUGGUGUCCUUUUCAGAAAUCGAGAAUCUUGGAAUAAAUUCUUUAAAGACAGAAUACAUUCGCGCAGGGUCAAAAGAAUUAGAAGACGAGCUUUCUUCCUCUACAGGUGCAAACGACGCACAGAUUGCAAGCAAGCAAUUAAAGUUGAUAAGCUCACUCUUGAACAAUAACAGCAAAUCCGAGUUCGAACAAAUUGAGGCGAUUCAGAACUAUGCGUUUUCAUUGGGUGAAGGUGCCUUCAAACUUAAGAAUUCCGAAGAUGUGUCCAUUUUACCCGCUUACUUCUCAUUACUAGACAUUUCAGAGAAUAUUCCUUAUAACGUGUCCGAUAUAGCAGAAAUUGACCUAAUGAUAGAACAAUUAACUAGAUUUUUUGAUCAAAAACAAAUCAGCUUAUCUAGUCUAAUCAACAGUGCUUUCUUGAACAGAUCAAAAUUCAAGGAUCGAUCCCAUAAAGAUACGCAGAACAAAAAUAUUGAAGACUUACAUAUUGCAUUGAAGACAACAUUUCUAUCUAAUCAGUCAUUAUGUGAGAUCAAUGAGUUCAGCGAUCUUCAGAAGGCUUCAGUUUUAAUUGGCUCCGCUCUCAUCAAAGCAAAAUCUGAUACUUUCACACCUAUUUUUGUGGCAAAUUACCAGAAAUCUUUCGAAGAAGCUUCAAGCAGCGUCAAGGAGUUGAUUCUGGAAUGGGAUAGUGCCGAUACAGAAACGGAACAAUCACAAGUUGAGACACAGUAUACCAACGUUAUCUCUUCCAUACCUUCUAUCAAACUUGGAAGUCAGGCCACAUCAAAAUCAAGUGGCCGCCGUAAAAAGACCUUUACCCAAAACUCACAAUUGUCAGUACGUGGUUCGUUGCCAACUCAAGCAGGUAGUCAAUAUCGAUCUCAAAAUUACUCCCAAGAUGAUUUCGGAAGCGAUUCAUUGACCCUAAACACACAAAAUACCCAGCAUAUUCCUUCUUCUGCUCGAUUAGGUUCCCAGAAAAGAUUCCAAUCCUCUCAAAUCGGAAGCCAGACAAAGCACAAAAAGAAGAAAAAGAAAGGAGGGUUUGCAUAGUUAUUUCUUGUAUCAUAUUUAUACUGUAUUAUAUUCAAUUCACAACAACGCAGUUUGUGUUUCUUGAUUAACACUCUUAAUCUUGAGAGCCAAAGUUUCAGGAUCGAUACCCAAGUCUAGCAACUUUAUGCAAAGUUGUAAAGUAGAUUCAUCAAUUUCGGUAACAUUUAGAAUCCUGGCAAGUUCGGUAACAAGAUUAUUGUUCAGGGUUGUAGA